AUGGAAAAAUUUCUUAAUGAAUUAAGGAGAGUUGACAUAUUUGGUUACCAAAUCACAUUGAGAAUGAACUAGCAAUCCACUUAUAGAACAGGUUUGGGAGGUUUGAUGUCCAUUAUUGUGAUUGGAGUGAUGAUAUGGCAGUUUUCAGCUAACUUUAAUUCGCUUCUCAAUAAGGAACAAUUGAAUGCUGUAUCCAUCACUGAGUAUGACCCCAAAAUCUCGGAUACUACAAUAACAGAUAAACAAUUGCUAUUUGCUAUUGCAAUAUAACAGGAGGACUUUAUUCACAAUCCCUUUUUCAACAUCUCUCUAGUCUAGAAGUAUAACAAAGUUCUCCUAAUUUUUAGAUAAAAUUAUAGGUAUCAGAAUGGUUCUCAGGAGUCUUUGUCUAAAGAAAUCCCUCUAGUGGAAUGUACAUAAGACCGAUUCGAAAAGUACUUUUAGAGAGAAGGGAGUGACUUUUCCUAACUGUACUUCAACUCGUCCUCUUUAUCAGAUUAUCUCUGUCCAGUGGAGGAAGCAAAUUUCAAGUUGGGAGGUGAGGACUUUUCGUAUAUAUAAAUUAUUAUAAGCAAAUGCAAUGCCCAAGAAGCUUUGAAUAGGGGGUACGAGUGUGCCAACCAGAAACAACUGGAUGAAUUUCUGGCAUUACAUGGAAGCUUUAAAUUUCAAAUCUAUAACAUCAACUCUAUUAUCAACCCAUAUAAAUCGGAUGACAACUAUAAGUAGCUCUAUUUGGAUGACUCAUUGCAAUACACUUUCAUUCCCAAUAAAAUCGGAAGAACAAUAGAUGUCUACCUAAAACAUUACCACAUAGUUUAGGAUAACAGUUUGAUACCGUUGAGUGAAACCUAUGUAACUGACACAUUUGCAAUUGAAUAAUUAGAAACUAAGGUUGUGUCUGAACUCGGAAAUCAAGCAUCUGAUUAAUACGUUUAGAUCAAUUUCAAACGAAGUCCCUUCAAGACCACAAUCACAAGAAAUUAUAUGAAAUUUGAUGAAAUGCUAUCCAAUUUGGGAGGAAUCCAAUAAAUCCUAUUCUUCUUCGUUGGAAUUGUCGUAACUCUAUACAAUAAAUUAUAAAUGAUGAUCGAAUUGGCUAAUAGAGUCUAUGAAUUUUCAUUAGACAACACUGAAAAAUUGAGAUAAUAAUAAGAGAAAUUGGAAUUGAUAAAUUUAGCCUUAUAGCAAUAACAAAGAUAGUAAAAGGAACCUGGUUCAUCAGUCAAUAAUUCAGAUGAGGAGGAUAAACCUCAAACAGUUCAUCAAACACUGAUACAUCAAAAGGAGAACAAUCAAGUUAUAAAGAAAUUAACCGGAGUCAAAAGAUUCAAGGCUGUUGUCUAAUACUUAACUGUGUUUAAACAAAAUAAUCUAUAAACCCAACAAAAAAAGGAGAGUUUUCGGAUUAUUUAAGAUCAAUAGAUGUUAGCAAUAUAAUUGAAUUGCAAAUCUGGUCUGGAAUAUUUUGAGAAACAAAUUAAAUCGAUAAUAAGUAGAGCUAAGCCUAUCUAUUUAUCAUUUAAAAUCUUGGUGAAUGUGAUCACUUGUAACAGAUUAUUUUCAAAAUAGCCCAAAAUAAGAUUGAUUAAUAAAGGCAUGCAGUAAGCAGCUGAAUAAAUAGACAUUUAUAACAUUGUUUAAAACAUGAAUGAGAUGAUUAAAUUGAAAGAAGUAGUGUUAUCUUAUCAUCAAUAAUUGAUGUUUGGUUUUACUCCGAAACCCCAAAUCACACUAGAUGACAGGACGACCUAACCAACUCGAGAUAUUCUGACUCUGAAAUUGAAGGAGAAGGAUCAAGAUGAGGAAACUGGAGGUGGAGACAUAUUCAAACUUAAGAGAGGGAGUGCCAAUUAGGACAAUUAUCUAUUGUAUGCCAAAAUAUAUAAUGUAAUUUGUUUAAUUUAUAUUGACAAGUCGUAUGAUGAUGUUCUUCGAUAGAGUGAGGAUGAGGUGCAGAAUAAGAAAAAUAAUGUCAGCAAAUAAUUGAUUGAAAAAUUAGGUCCUGAAUUGCAAUUGAUAUUUAAACUAUCUAAAUUGAUUGAUUUCCAAUCUCAAAAUAGUACAUAGGUUCAAGUAAAGACUCCUCAUCGUAGAGGUGCUAUGCAACAAAAAGAACAAAAUGUGUAUGCAAAAAUGUUUAAUCCAAACACCUGA